AUGGACUUGAACUCAGUGCAAGAUCUCAAGGAUGUGCUCCGACCUGACUUCUUCCACGGCUACGCCACAGCAGCAGCCCAAAUAGAAGGCGCCUGGGACAAGGACGGUAAGGGCGUAUCCAUCUGGGAUACAUUCGGCCACACGCCGGGCAAAAUCGCCGAUGGAAGCACAGCCGACGACGCCGUCCGGGCUUACGACUUCUACCGCGAAGAUGUGGCGCUCAUGAAGUCAUACGGCGUAAACGCCUACCGCUUCUCCUUAUCCUGGUCCCGCAUCAUCCCCCUCGGCGGCUGCGACGACCCCGUCAACGAGCAAGGCAUCAAAUUCUACUCCGAUCUCAUCGACGAACUCCUCCGCAAUGGAAUCACCCCCUUCCUCACUCUCUUCCACUGGGAUAUCCCUCAGGCCCUGGAAGAUCGGUACGGAGGCAUGUUGAACCAGGACGCCUACACGCCGGACUUUGUGCGCUACGCCCGCGUCUGCUUCGAGCGAUUCGGAGACCGCGUCAAGCACUGGAUUACAUACAACGAGCCGGGAGUCUAUACACUCGCCGGGUAUGCAGCGGGUGUGCACGCGCCAGGCAGAUCGUCCUUCCGUGAGCGCAAUGCGGAGGGCGAUUCGUCCACCGAGCCGUUCACUGUCGCGCACACUGAGCUCGUCUCCCACGGCCAUGCAGUGCGCUUGUACAGAGAGGAGUUCCAGCCCCAGCAGAAGGGAACUAUUGGUAUCACACUACAUGGUAACUGGUCCGAGGCGUGGGAUGAGGAGGACCCGCGUGACCAGGAGGCUGCGGAACGUGCACGCGAGUUUGAGAUCGCUUGGUUUGCAGAUCCGUUGUACAAAACGGGUGAUUAUCCUGCGUCGAUGCGGGCACAGCUCGGUGACCGAUUGCCGAGGUUCACGGAGGAGGAAUCGAAGCUUGUGUUUGGGAGCUCGGAUUUCUAUGGCAUGAAUAGCUACACAACUUUCUUCGUGAAGCAUACGACAUCUCCGCCUGAUAUCAAUGACCACAAGGGUAACGUGGAGAUUUUCGAUGAGAAUAAGCAAGGCGUGUCUCGCGGAGAGGAAAGUGAUACCCCGUGGCUACGGGCGGCACCCGGAGGAUUCAGGAAGUUGUUGAACUGGAUCUAUAAACGAUACCAGAUGCCAAUUUACAUCACUGAGAAUGGCACCACUGCCAAGGGUGAAACGGCCCCCACGCCCGAGGUUCUUAAUGACGAGUUCCGCAUCAAGUUCUUUGACGGCUAUGUCGGCAAUGCGCUGGCGCGGGCUGUGAAGGAAGACGGCGUUGAUAUCCGGUCUUACUUUGCUUGGACAUUCACUGAUAAUUGGGAAUGGGCCGCUGGGUAUGCGGAUCGCUUCGGCUCUACAUUUAUCGACUUCGAGUCCGAAGAAAAGACUCGGUAUCCCAAGCAGUCUGCCUAUUACCUGGACAAGUUGUUCAAGCAUUUGAUUAAAGACGCAUAG